CUCCAAUUAAUUAACAAAUGAGCCACAAGAACAUCUCAGAAUCCGGUUUAGACGAAAAGAGAGGUCUUUUAGAGACAAACAUCGACAUUAAUGGCAGCAAGGAGAAAUCAGAGAAAGCCUCCAUUGCUAAGAAGUCAUUCGGACAUAAAGACAAUGAACUAGGGUCCAAAGUAGGAGUGUUCAGUGCAAUGCUGACUAUUGUAGGCACUAUUAUUGGAGGAGGGAUCGUAGGUAUCCCCUUCGCAACUUUGCAGACAGGGAUCUGGCUUGUGCUAGUAGUUCAUACUCUUAAUUUCAUAUGGGGAAUUUAUUCUGUACAUUUACUUUUGGAGGCGAAAGAUAUAUCAGGAUUAUCAUCUUUUUCGGAGCUUGGGUAUUAUUGAUUCGGAAGAGCUUCGAUUUUCAUUAUUAAUAGUCUUAUUGUCCUCGCUCAAGGAGGUAUGCCGAUUGUUUACUUCAUGAUAGUUGGUGACAUCGGAAAUGGACUUCUGGAACACUUUGAAUCGAUUAAAGGUAAAUUCUGGUCAAGUAGACAAUUUUCGAUACUAGUUGUAGCAGUACUUCUUUUCUAUUUUGCUGUGAAGAAGGAAAUCCAAGAACUUAAAGGUGCUGGUUUUGUCCUUCUCUGAGGAGUUGUUCUGUUCAUCAUUGCAAUGGUUGUUCUUGUCAUCAAGGAAGGUACAGACAAGUUCGAAUUUGGAGAAGUUUCAAAACCCAAAUUUAGUAUUAGCAUGUUAGCUAAUAUUCCGACUUUAUUCGUAUCGUAUGCGUUCCAAUCUGCAUUCUUCCCUGUGUUUUCUUCUUUAGAGACGAAAACCAAAGCUAACGGUAUUAAGGCUACUGCGAUGUCUUUUACAUUUUGAGCCGUUGUUUAUAUAGUAGUAUCUAUAGUAGCUUUAUUGGUGUAUGGAAACGACCUGAGUGCCAACGUUUUGGAAAAUGUGAGUCAUAUGGACGGAUGGAUUCCUAUUGUAGUUGAUAUUGUUUUCUUAAUUAUCAUAAUGAUGCAUAUUCCGAUUGUCCUCUUUGUUGGAAAAGAAGCCUUGCUAAUUAUUAUUGAUGAGAUUAUGAGGAAAUCUUAUUCAGUCAAACCUAGAGUAACAGUUGAUGAUGCUUAUAAUUUAAGGGAUAGUGUUAUGAGGCCAGAGGGUGCAGGAGACUCUGAAGGGAAAGCUUAUUUAUCAAUGAACCCAAUCUUGUUUUACAGCGUUAGCGUUAUCUUAUACUGCUUAAUAGUAACUGCAGCAUGCCUUCUCAGUGAUAUUACUUUGGUCUUCGGUAUUAUUGGCUCUAUUGCUGGUUCAUACCUCAUUUUCAUUGGACCUUCCCAAUUUUAUAUCAUCAGUGUUAGGAAUGAGAAAGCAAACGUUUCGCCGCUGCAGUAUUAUAUUGCCCAUAUCUAUCAUAUUUUCGGCCUUAUUGUCAUGAUUGCAUGCCUGUUUGCCACUAUCUACACCACAGUGAAGGACUAAAAGAAAUGAAUAGGAAAUCGUUAUCCAAAAUUACGACUAAAUUAAAAGUCACAAACAUU